UGGAGACCCUGCUAGAGAGAAGAGGGAAGCCCGCACUAGAGACAGAGCACACAGCCUCCCAGGAUGUUUAGUAAGAAGAAGGAGUAUGACCUGGUGAAGGUUGCCCAGAGCAAGACCAAUGAGCUGGCAGUGUUGGUGACGCGCAUCCAGGGCAAUGCAGAUCAGGUGGAGAAGAACGUGCUGCGUUCUGAGGCCCUGAUGUCUGUGGACAAAGAGAAUAUGAUGAAAAGCAGGCCCCUUCUGUACCAGGAGGAGAAUGCUGAAAUCCUGUCUGAAACUGAGGGGCUGCUGAAGGACCUGUUCCUGGAUGCGGACCAGGCCAAGACGCUCGCACACCCACAGGCUCGAGAUAUAGAAAUCGAUGUGAGCAACCUACACGAGCAAUGGUCUAAAGACUGCGUCACAUAUCGGGACCUGUAUGAGGCGAUGCCAGAGGUGGCGCUCAGUCCCAGGAUUGACUGGGCUCAGGUCCUGAGGGAGAAACAGAAACAGUUAGGUGUGGAGGAAUAUGGACCGAAGCUCUCUGACGUGGAAAAGCAGAUUGCCUCCCAUAACAUCCUGCACCAGGAGAUUGAGGCCUAUGGUCUCCAAUUAGACCGCAGCACCACUGGCUCUCCAACGAAGCCAUCCAUUAAGAAACAGUACUCAGAACUCCUGGAGGCCUCCCAGUUGAGACGCAAGUACCUGGCCUCUCUCUAUGACUACAUGCAGGGCUGCAAUAAGGAGCGUGUCUACCUAACUGAGUACCAGGACAAGAUCCUAAAGAAAGACUGGAGUGACCGCAUGCUAGACCCCCCCGGGGUACGCAUGGAAUACGAGAAAUUCAAAGCAAACGGUCUGCCGAAACAUGAGAGAGAGACAACCAAGCUACAGGAGGAUGGGGAUCGUCUCCUUGGAAUGAAGCACCCUGCCAGCUCCACAAUAUGUGCAAACAGAGACGCAGUGCAACAGGAGUGGACGCGAUUGCUCAACCUUUGCAUCUGCCAGGAUGUACACCUUGGGAAAAUAGAGGACUAUAGGAAGUACCAGCUGGAUGAAGAGACCUUGUCUGAGUCCAUGAAGCGACUGAACUCUAAUCUGGAGCCCAAACCAUUUGACAAAAAGAGCAACUCUGAGAUCCUACUACAGCUUGAGGGUGAUGAAAGGGCAGUACUGAGGAUAACGAACAACGCCUCGGCAGCUCUUAGGGAGUUCAGUAGCACCAUCGCCACCUCUGAAGAUGCGUCGUCUCCCGCCGCCAAGCCCACCCCUCUGGUGUCCCUGUGUGAAUGGACCAGUGGAGAGGACUCAGUGUCUCAAGGAGAGAAUCUCAUGCUGAAGUCCAACUCAGACAACGAGAAAUGGGUGGUCCAGACCAGGACUGGAAAGACCAAAACCCUGCCUGGUGUCUGCUUCCUUGUUCCACCGCCAGACACCGAGGCCCUUGAUAAAGUGGACAGCCUGGACAGAGAGCUUUCUAACCUGAAGAAAAAGAGAUCCUCUCUGAUGGCCUCCCUGAGGAGCCACAGUGUGGAGGUGGUGAGCUCAGUGAAAGCUGCCCCUGUGGCCGGUGCCCCAGAGGACCCCAAAACCACAGUGCUGGACAGUCAGCUGGACAAGAUCAGCAAGGACCUGGACCGCAGUGUGAAUGACAUCCUGAGUCGGCUGAGGACCCCUCUGCCUCGUGGUGACCCCAUAAGCGACCUUGGCAACAGGAUAAAGGAGCAUGAGACUGCCACCUUGACUGUAAGAAACCUGGAGGCAGAGAAGGCUGCGGUUCAGAGAGAGAUGGAGCCCAUCCUAGCCCAGAAGCCCCUUCAACCUUCAGCCUCUGCUCUGUCUGUUAAACUGAGUGGUCUGAACAAUAAGUUUGAUGACGCCAACAACCUUUUUGACCUGUACAAUAAAAAAGCCACGGCCUCCAUGUUCUUGGAAAGGCAGAUUAAAAUGGUGGGGGACUCAAUCUCUGGCUUUGAGAAACAGCUGGCGGAAGAUGCUGCCAUCCCUGAUGUUCCUAAUGCCCUGCAGACACGCACCCAUUAUCUUCAGAAAAUGCGCAAGGAUGUAGCACUAAUGCACGACGAUAUGCAAAAGCUAAGCAGGGACUUGGAGUCCACUGAGCAGAUGAGCAACUCCCUACAGAAAGGCUUCAAUGAGUACUGCCCUGACAUCUGCCGCCAGCAGACCAAUAUAAAAAACCUGAAGAACCGCUAUGCCAAUGUAAACAAUCAACUACAGGAGAGAAUAUCUCUGACGCAAGAGGCAAACAGUAGGAAUCAAGGCUUCCAGAGCUCUGUCCAAUCAUUAAACUUCUAUUUGACCAACCUGCCUAAUAAUAAGAUCAUGCCCAAUGAUGGACUCUCGCAGAUUAACUCCAAACUUAACUCUCAGAAGAGAGUGGUGGAGGACAUUAAAAGGAAGUCUGAUGAUGUGGACCAAGCCAUGAAACAAUCCUGUGAUUUACAGAAUAUCCUUGAUGAGUAUGAGGUCACAUCCUGUAAGUACCGUGGCACACUGAAAGAUUUGGAUGUGGAAGAUUCAACAAGAUGUCAAACAUCCACUGUGGCUGAUGCUGUGCUAAAAAAGGAGAGAGCUCUACUGAACCUCUACUCCGAAGUGUCUGCAGAGAAUGAUCAGCUUCUCAACAACAUGGGAUUGGCUAAAAACAUGAUUACACAGAAUGAACAGAAAGUGAGCCAGGUGGUUGUGAAACAGCAGCGGCAGCUGCAAAGCCAGCAGAAAGACGUUGAGGAAGCAGACAGUCUAAAGAGAGAGCUGGCGGAGGAGAUUGCCAGGCGUUCCCAUGCAGAGACAGAACUAGCAACAUUCAGAAAGAGGUUUGUUUCACUGAAAAGUCGCAGAGGUGUGGAACGAACGGAGGAGAGGGAAGUUGUGCAAUACUACCGUGACCCCAAACUAGAGAGCGACCUGGAGUCCCUGAAGAUUAGGAUUCAAGAUGAGAGUAAGAGACGCUCUGGCACCCUGACAGACAUAAAGGUUGUCAAUGAGAAUAUAAUUCGCCUGCAGACUGAUCUAACAAAUGUCAAACCUAGGCUGGUGACCAAGGUCUUGACAGAGUUUGAGAAAGACCCUCUGCUUGACAAGGAGGCCACAAAACUGAGAGAUGAGAUGCGUAGGUUGGAGCAAGAGGUACAGGUGAGAGAUUCAGAGACGGUCCAUAUGAAAACUGAAAUAAAAGUUCUGGCACAGAAGAGGCCAACUAUCAAGGAGACAGUAGUGAAGAAGGAAGUGGUGAGACUAGAAAAAGACCCAGAGAUGCUGAAAGCUGUUCUGACAUUUCAGACUGCAAUUACAGAGGAGGGAGAAAGAUCAAAGGCUCUCAAUGAUGAAAUAUUCCGCACUAGGAGCCAAAUAAACACACUUGAGAGAGUAAUUCCAACUAUCCAGCCUAAGAUUGUUACUAAGGUGCUGAAGAGGGUUGAACAGGACCCAAAACUAAUUGAAGAUGUUAAGACUACCCAGACCAGUCUAGAGGAGGAGAAAAAGAUGAAUAGUGACUUGAUGGAGGAGCUUACCCACCUCCAGAUUCGCUACAGUGAAGUUGAAAAGCUGCGACCCAAGCUUGAGGUCAAGGAGAUUAUCAAUGAGAUCUACAGGGUGGACCCUGAGACAGAAGUGGAGCUGGUGAGGCUAAGGAAAGAGCUGCAGGACUCAAACCGGAACCAUACUAAUCUGCAGAAAGAAAUUGACCUAAUUAUGGUGGAUCUUAAAUCUCUGCGUUCGCAAAAACCCAAGUUAGAGUACAAGGAAGUAACACAGGAAAUGAUUAAAGAAGAGAAAAGCCCAGAGGUUAUCAGGGAAAUGAAGAGGUUGAAUGACCAGGUUUCCCAUCUACGGGUCUCAUAUGAUAGCACUUUAGAAUUGCUGAGCCAACUGCGUAAAGAAAGGGAUGAAUGGAGGGUGGAAAAGUCUAAAAUAGAGACAAAGCUUGUAAACAAAGAGGUGGUCAAAUAUGAAGAUGACCCCCUUCUGGAGAAGGAGGCUGACCGCCUGAAAAGAAAUGUGAGGGAGGAAAUUCAGCAACGACGCAACAUGGAAGAAACUGUCUUUGAUCUGCAGAACAAGUACAUCAUGCUUGAGAGACAGAAACCAGAGGAGAAGAUUGUGAUGCAAGAAAUGGUACGUCUUCAGAAGGACCCAAAACUAAUUCUGGAGCACGAAAAGCUAAACAAGAAUCUGGAUGAAGAGGUUCAUUCCCGAAGAAAAUUAGAAUUGGAAGUACGACAGCUGAGAGCACUGGUUGAGGAGAAACAGAAAAGCCUUGCACUGAUGGAUGACCGUCAAAAGAAGAUCCAAGUAGAAACUGAGCUUAGACAGAUCAAAACUCGCAUCUUCGAGCUUGAAAAUGCCCCUCCACCCAUUCAGGAGAAGAUCAUUAUUGAGGAAGUCCUUAAAGUGGAGAGAGACCCCGAUCUUGAGAAAAUAACUAGUGGCUUACGCAUAGACCUGGAUAAGGAGGAAAACAUUAUAAGUCGUCUUGAGAGGGAUAUUCGAAAUCUGACAGUCAAACUGGACAUUUUGCGAAAGGAGAAGUCAGUUGAAAAGACGGUAUAUAAGGAGGUUAUUCGGGUGGAGAAGGACCAGAAUGUGGAGGCUGAGAGGGACCAUCUCAGAGAACUAGUGUUGCUGGAGAGAAGUGCCAGACGGGACCAAGAAGAUGAAAUCCAGAAGCUUAAUAUCAAACUGACUCGGCUCCAGUCCACAAUGUCGGACACCUCUCAUGAAGAAAAAAGCAUAACCCUCAAUCGAGAUUCCCUGAUGAAAGAGAAAGAAAGUCUCUUGAAAGAACUGAAGACUUUGGAGUCUGAAAAGCAGGACAUAAGCAUAAUGUUCCAACAGCAGUCCAGGCUGAUGAGUGAAAGGAACCAGAUAAAUCGGCAAAGGAGCAUCAAAAUGGAUUCUGAGGUGCAACGUCUAGAAAAGGACAUCCUUAAUGAAAAAGAUCAGAUACACCAAAAGGAGACCUACAUUAUGGGGCUGCAGAACAAUCUGAAGAAAGAGAACCACUCUGAGACACACACCAGAGAGACCAACCUCUCCACUAGAAUCAGCAUCCUGGAUCCUGAGACUGGGAAAGACAUGGCACCAUAUGAUGCCUAUCUCGAGGGUCUUAUUGACCGUAAACAGUACAUCCACCUUCAGGAGCUGGAGUGUGACUGGGAGGAGAUUACCUCAAUGGGUCCCGAUGGAGAGACGUCAAUUCUGCAAGACCGUAAAAGUGGAAAGCAAUUCUCUGUUAGGGAUGCUCUGAAGGAAGGUCGCUUGACCCAGUAUCAUGUGCAGCAAUACAAGGAGGGAAAAAUGCCUAUCUCAGAAUUUGCUCUCUUGGUUGCCGGGGAUUCCAAACCCAAGCCGUACAUUGGUCCAGUUGCAACGCAAAAAUCUCCCGUUAGGACCACAUCAACAUCUUCUCUGAACACAAUGCCAUCAUCACUAAGGUCUUCCUACUCAAAUCUCACAAACAACCGCUAUGGCAGCAGUAGCAACCUCUCCAGUUCUAGUGGUGAUGAGCUCUUCCCCAUCUCCGGAGUGCUGGACACAACCACCAACAGCCGCAUGUCUGUGCGGAGUGCCCUGACUCGAAAACUAAUUGACCUAGAUACAGCCCUGACGCUCCUGGAGGCACAGGCCGCUACAGGGGGCAUUAUUGACCUCAACCGAAAGGAGAAGUACUCCGUUCACAAGGCAGUAGAUAUCGGUCUCAUUGACAAAACUCAAAUGAAGUUGCUACUCAAUGCUCAGAAGGCCUAUACUGGUGUGGAGGAUCCUGUGACCAAGGAGCGUCUUGCAGUAGGGCAAGCAGCUCAGAAAGGAUGGAUACCUCAGGAUAGUGCGAUAAGAUACAUGGAAGCACAGCUCCUGACUGGUGGGCUGGUGAACCCCCAAAAAGCUGGUCGCAUCAGUGUCCAAGAUGCUCUUCAGAGCAAGAUCAUCAACAGUGAAGUGGCCAACGACCUCCAAGACAACUCUGCCCACACUAUACGGUUGAUCGACCCUAUCAAAAAAGAGAAGAUCUCGUACAAGGAGGCAAUGGAUCGGUGCAAAAAAGAUAUCACUACAGGGCUUCUGCUUCUUCCUGCAGCAUCCACCGACUCCAAAGAUGCUCCCCUGUUUUCUAAUUAUCGAUUCUCUAGCUCCCACAGUCAAGUCUAGACUUUUGGCAGACACAGGCCAGGGCUAGAGUAUAGAGAUGCUACAACUUCAUUUGCAAAAGAGAAAUUUAAAGAAAUAUAUGUAACAAAGUAAAAUAAUGUUUUUAUUGUGGCUUUAAGCAAAAGUCAAUAGAUUGUCUGGGUUGUGCAGUGAACGGUUUACUUAUUCUGUAUUAAUAUUAUGAUUCUUCUCAAUAUUAUAUUUUCUCCAAUAUUCUGAGUCAAAAUAAAGAUUUUCAAAGUUGA